GCCCCGUUCAUGUUUUGCCUGUUUUGCUUCUGAAAGGGACUUCUUUUCUCAGUCAAGAAUCUCUGAGCUUCGAUCAUCAAAAAACAUGAGUGCGGCGUCCUCAGAGACCGCGAUGCUGCCGCUAGAGCUCACACUCGUCCUCGCAGCCACCCGGGACAUGGGCAUUGGCCUGCGAGGGACCCUCCCAUGGACCGGGCUGAGAAAAGAGAUGGCUUACUUUGCCCGGGUUACAAAACGUCUGCCUCCUUCUGUCGAACCCCCUGUCAUGAACGCUGUGAUCAUGGGCCGCAAGACGUGGGAGAGUAUACCACCCAAAUUUAGGCCGCUAAAGGGAAGACUCAACGUCGUCAUCAGCCGGUCAUUUGGUUCUCCUGCUGAAGAGCCGGCAAGUGUGGAGACAGAACCAGUCAAGGCUUCGUCCCUGGAGCAAGCCAUCGCGUAUCUGCAAGGGAAGCCCCAAGGAAGCUUGGGACGAGUAUUUGUGAUUGGCGGUGGUCAGAUCUAUACUGCCGCCCUGGAGUUGAAGGAAGCAAAGAGAGUCUUGUUGACAAAGGUCAUGUCUGACUUUGAAUGCGAUACAUUCUUCAGUCUCAAGUUGAACGAUGAGGGAGAGUGCUCCCCAGGGUGGGUCAAGAGAUCCAAGGAGGAAUUGGACACAUGGACUGGAGAAGUGGUCCCUGAGGGUACUCAGAUUGAAAAUGACACCUCUUAUGAGUUUCAGAUGUGGGAGAGGACGGGUUGAUACCUCGUGAUACCAAGAUAAUAAUACAUGAUCAAGCCAACUCCAAUGUGCAGUCCCUUUCCCUUUAUGCAGCCUAUCUUACUAGUUCUUACAAAUUGGCCAGCGAGAUUGAACGUCAUUGACUACAAUCUCACUUGAAACGGCUACUAGGCUUCGCCUGGGCCGGCUUGUCCCCAGACGCAGCCCCCUGGGUGGUCUGCCCGAGCAAGGCUGGCUCAUCCACCAAUUUCAGCUCAGCAGUAGGCUGCGUCUUAAAUACGCUGCCACCGUGGUACAGCAGCGCCGGGUCGAGCAUCUUGUCCAGAGACAGUGAGAUCGACCUCAUCCAGCUGACGAUGGCCGCAACGUGCCUCAUGUCGACGUUCUCGUCCGCCUUGAAGAUGUUCCUCCACACCGCCGACGCCAUCACGGCGUCGCCCUUGACCAGACCCUCGUCGUACGCCAGUAUCACGCCCCUCCACGUCUGGAAUAGGUUCUGCAGGUGCCGCUGGCGGAUCAUGCGCGACGACAUGCCGUGGUUCACCUCCAUGACGUCCUCGGCGUUGUGGAAGAAGUGGUUCACCAGCUGGUUCUGCCACGCCUGCCACUGGUUUUUCUCGAGGCACCGUAAUCGCACGACUAUGAGGUACAGGUGCAGCAUGGUCACUUGCGACCAUGUGCUGAACGUCGGGGGGAGACCAAACUCUGUGGGGCAGUCUGGUCAGCAAUCGCAAUUCGGCCUGAGGCUAAGCAGCAGGGGGCACAUUGUACCAUCAUGCCAGACACCACCUCCA